CUUCUGUGGUUUUUGCUGCACCUUGAUAGCAGUACUAAGAUUAUAAAUAGUAAAAUGGAGGAUAUUUAUCAUUUCCGUGUAAAGCAACAGGCUGGUUAGGAGUUUCCUAAGAAGAUUAAGUGGAACAGUAUUAAAACCUGUGCGCUCACUAACAAUAAACGUGUUUUUUGUGCCUCAAAAAAUGUUGGUGAUGAAAGUUUGUUUAAAAAAAUGGAAGAGGAAAUUGAUUAUUCUUCAUCACUGUGUAUCAAUUGGAAAAUCUUGACCCAAAUGUUUAACCUUUAACACUUAUUAACACAUAUUUGCAAAGCUAAUGCAAAGACAGAACUAACCCACAUUCUAAUUGCAACUGUUUUCAAGCAAGUAUAGUCUCCAGACUGAAGCUCCAUUGUCUGUAAGUAUUCCUAAUCUUUCUCACACCUGCUGAGGCCGUGCCAAGCUAUAAAAAUAGGGGUCAUAAGAGGAUCCACCCGGCGUCACUUUGAAGACCGAAGAGCCAGGACAAACAUUUACACACUGGACUGACAGUUACAGUGGCAGCAACAAUAGUGAAGGGAGAGUCUAUUCUUUUCUUAUUACAUUAUCUACAUUAGUGUUUUAAUGUUUGGAUGAGAAGAGUAACCUCAUGAAGAUGUUUUGGGAGAGAACAUAAAUAAUGAAUCUCUGCUGGAUUGAUUACGGGUACUGAUGUCUGACCUGGUGUGGCUCCCAGCACUACACUGCAGCCCACUGAGCCACCACAUCUGUUAGUGACAUGCUGACAUCUGUGAUUUUCAGGCAGUUCACUCCAAACCCUGACUCAUUUAAUCAUGAUGAAAGGACCUCACCUUUACCCAAGUGAACAGGAACCUUAAUGUUGCGUCAAUCACACAUCACCUACAAUCAGGAAAUCUGAGUGGAUUUAUGUGAACACCUAACUGAGGACCUCAAACAGCCUGGACUGUUGUGGGUGGAUUGAUGUUUCUAUGUAGCGUGUGUGUGCGAGUGCAGUGCAGCCUUGGAUCCAUCGUGGAACCACAGUCCGCCUGGGCGCCCAGCCUUUGGCCCAGAGCCGCUUCAAGCCAGUAACUACUCUUUGGUGUUGCUGAUUCAGCUCAGCCUGCUCUCCUUUGACCUGUUUGUCAACUCGUUCAGCGAGCUGCUGAGGGCUGAACCGGCCGUCCAGCUGGUACUUUUUAUUAUCCAGGACAUUACCAUCCUGUUUAACCUCGUCAUCAUUCUGUUGAUGCUGUUCAACACCUACGUGUUCCAGGUUGGCCUGAUCGCCAUAUUGCUGGGGCGAUUUAGAACUCUGCUUAUGCUCUCUGCUCUUUACCUGACCUUCAGUAUCAUUCUCCAUUCCUGGCUAAUGAAUCUUCGUUGGCUUAAUACCAACAGAUUUGUUUGGACGGACGGUCUUCAGGUGUUGUUUGUGAUUCAAAGAACAGCAUCUGUGUUGUACUACUACUUUUACAAGAGGACAGCAGAGUAUCUGGGUGACCCUCGCCUUUAUGAAGAUUCACCGUGGCUGCGAGAAGCUUUUGCUCGAGUCAGACAGUGAUACCAAUGACCACAGUCCAGACCAAUACAAUGUGAAUUUUACAAAGGUAAUGUAUUUGCAAUAAAUGUACAGUCACAAACCUA